GCCUGUUUUCCUCUAUGACUAAAAAGAAAGCGAGAAGUACAGAGAGGAAGCUUCAGUUUAGCUUUAGUCAUACGCAAUCACUUUGAAGACAAAUUAAAAACAGAGCGGGAGAGCUGAAUGUUGACUGAAAGAGGGAGCACAUCCAUGCUACAAAACUGCAGAAGAAGGACUGAAAGAAAAACUAAGCGAGAAAAAGGGACUAUGACAACAAUAAAAUAAACACAGAGGAUUGCUUACAAAUUGUGUUCCUAGACCAUACAAAGAGAAACAUCAGAAAAGGCGUUGUAAAGUUCAGGAGUGCAUUGCUGCUUUACGUCAGAGUUUUAUACGCUGACACGCAUCUGAAAAUUGGAAACAGAUAUUGGGAGUCUGUCUGAAAAACAAAGAAAGACGAGGAUAAAAACUAAUUUCAUCAACGUGAACCAUGCUGAUAAAGGAGUAUCGGAUAUGCAUGCCUCUUACAGUCGAUGAGUAUAGAAUCGGUCAGCUGUAUAUGAUCAGCAAGCACAGCAAUGAACAAAGCGGUGGAGGUGAAGGGGUGGAGGUCGUCCGCAAUGAGCCAUGCACAGAUCCCAAACACGGAGCCGGCCAGAUCACAGAGAAACGAAUCUACCUCAACAGCAAAUUGCCCACCUGGAUGAGCAAGUUUAUUCCCAUGGUUUUUUAUGUGACAGAAACAGCUUGGAAUUUCUAUCCUUACACCAUAACAGAGUACACGUGUUCCUUCCUUCCAAGGCUCAACGUCAAGAUUGAAACCCACUUCAAGAACGACAAUGGGUGCAGCCCAAAUGUGUUUGGUGAUAAGCCCACCCCAAAGGACAGUGUCUGCUUUUUAGACAUUUUGAGUGAUCCAAUCCCUGAGAAGCAUUACAAGUCAACAGAGGAUCUAAACAAUUGGGUAUCAGAGAAAACAGGUCGGGGACCCCUAGUGGACGGAUGGAGGAACACCAGUAAUCCUAUCAUGUGCUCCUACAAGAGAGUCACCUGUAGCUUUGAGGUCUAUGGCUUCCAGGGAAGAACAGAGGAGUUCAUUCACAGGAACAUUCGUGACAUUCUGUUGGUGGGACACAGACAGGCCGUGGCAUGGAUUGACGAGUGGCAUGGAAUGACGCUCGAAAAGGUGAGAGAGUAUGAGAAGAUAUCGCAGGAGGAAACCAACAGCAAACUGAAGAAUGAUAUCACAUGCACAGAUUCCACAAAGCGCCCAACCUUCACACGCUCCAUCUCUGUUACGGAUGAAUCGUCACUGAAAAAGAUGGGGGUGAAGACCCUGGACAUCCCAGACUCGUCAUCCUGCACAUCAUCUCUCAAGAGCCCUAUGAGAUUACACUCUACUCCGGAGUAAAACCCCUCAACCUGUUUACACCCCACGAAUACAGAUCUGUCUGAACCUCUGCCACUUCAAUUUCAUGGAACCAUGACAGAUCAUCAUUUAUCAAAAUCCUGGACUACCGCUACAAAACAGGCAUGAACGAAUAAAAUAACAUUCCAUGUUGUAUACUAGAAAUAUGAACAUUUACUCUCAAAUAUGUGAAUAUGUAAUUGUUUAUCGCAUUCCUCAUGGAGAGCAUAUUGUAAAUGAAUAGGUUUGCAGAUGGAAGUGGUUUGUUACACAGACCCACAUGACUGAGAGAGAGAACCAGCAAUCUGCUCCAGUGAGACAACUAGUUGAAAUUAUGGGUGGGUUUCUGGCCUUUGAUCCUGCAUAAUAACUGAUCUUAUAGUCGCACAGGACAUUUGGGAUCUUUAUCAAUAGUACUCAGGGUGAUAAGACUAAAACGGAUGAAUUGUAAGCUUUGUUGUAUAAGGGUAAACAUUACACCUGGAAUUGUGAAGAUGCCCAUUCACACUAUGGACAAUAAUGAUAACAGUUAAGAUUAAGCUUUAAAAACUGUUUGAACUAUAUAAAGAAAAUAAUAAUGGAACAUAGGGCUGCACAAUUAAUCGAAAAAUAGGGAUUACAACUACAACAGGGUUUAUGUCGAACGUCACGUGACCAAACCAGAAAACUGGGUUGAUCGCUUAUAGAGUUGCCGGAAUGUAGCUUGUUAUUGUUAUUCGUAGCAUUACUAUUAUUGUUAUGCUAUUUUUUAUUUUAAUAUCUGAAUAUAUGUGAGAAGAAAAUCCUUUUGUCAAAAGCUAAAAGUUAAAAAAGUAAGUAAAUUUUCUUUUACUUAGGUUUAAGAGGUUAACGAGCAUACUGGAUAUUGGUUAUUCCCAUCUUUGGUAGGUCCUGAAGGCUUCACGUAUAAAAAUAUCACUAUGUCAGGAUAGAGCAUACAGAACCGGAAGCGAUCAACUAUGUUUCACAGUAAUGCAGAAGUAAGUUGCGCAAAUACCCUAUUACAUAUUUGUCAAAAGCCUAACUUAGAGCUGUCCAUUUGUGCUAAUUUCUGGGUAUUUCUGCAGUUUGGGCACCAAAUACAUGAUGUGUCCUUAAGCCAUUCGUUUUAGAUUUUUUUAAACAAAUCAUAAUUAUUUGUUAUUUACAUUAUAUUAUUAUUAAGUUUUGGAUGUUUAGAAUUUACCAUGCAGCUGCUUCACAGAAAGUUAUAAAACAUUUCAAAAAUUCAAUGUAAAAUCUAUUAAACGCAAUGUUUUUUGGUCACGAGCAACUUUGCAACCGUCAGCGUUUGCCACAAAUGUGAAAACAACAAAAUACGGACCGUGGAUAUUAAGUCAUAACCCGCCAUUGUUUACGAAUAUGACACUGAGCUCGCCAGCCGCGCGCCACAGGUAAAUUCCGCUUUCUCACAGAGUUUACCGGUAUUUUGAUACUGAUGUGUGAAUGAUGUCUUACUGCUAAAAAGACGGAACGUCGCUGCAUGUGUGAACAGCACAUUUUUGUAUUUACUGGUAAAUUCAUUCUGGUAAAUUGAUGGUAAUUUAUCAGAAUUACUGUGUGAAAGAGGCUUAUGUUUAACAGGAAUGCAGAAGUAAGUUGCGCAAAUACCCUAUUACAUAAUCGCCAAAAGCCUUAAUUACAGCUGUCCAUUUGUGCUCAUUUCUGUGCAUUUCGGCAGUUUGGGCACCAAAUACAUUGGUAAAUCAAAGAUUUCAAAAUUAAUGAGUUGACGUGUCCUUUAGCCGUUCGUUUUAGAUUAUUUUUACUAACAACAUAACUUCCAUAAUUAUUUGUUAUUUACAUUAAAUUGGGGCUGUAACGAUUAAUAGCGUGUCCCAUUAAAAAUGCCUGUAUUAAAUCGAUUCUGUGUUUCAUGCACAGCUUGUGUGUGUACUACAGUGUUUUGGUCAGUACGAAGUCCUAAUCAAUCUAAAAUCAUUAUGAGUCCGAGUCGUUUAUAACAUGCAUUUAAAAAAGAAACACUUAUUAUCAUUUAUUAUCAUGAAAAUACCGGAAACAAUUUGAAGAACAGAAAUAUAAAUAUCCUUAUAGACAUUUCCUGGAAUAGCGUUUGUAAUGCUACUUCUGUUGCACAAAGGGAGUUUCUGCACGAGAGCACCACCUGGCUUUGGGAUGUGCCGAGAUUUCACCGUAAUAUAGUUAAAAUUCAUUAAUUGAGAAAAUGCGCAUUUGCUCGAUUAAUCGUUACAGCCCUACAUUAUAUUAUUACGUUUUGGAUGUUUAGAAUUUACCAUGCAGCUCCUUCACAGAAAGUUCAAAACUUCAAUGUAAAAAUCUAUUAAUCAGUAAUAAUAAUUGAAGAGUUUCGUUGCAAAACGAGAUAACCCCGUUUUUUUUUUCAGAAAUCUCGUUUUUUGGUUGUGCAUUCCAAUUAAUAUCAAUUCAACUGCAGAUGGUUUGUUUUGAUUUAAACCUACAUAACUUAAAAUAUACAGCUAAGUAGCACCAUAAAACAAAAUAAUAACAUGAGAACAUAAUAAUAAACAUGUUUUGACAAAAAUGUUAAAAAAUCGAUUUAUCUCGUUUUGCAACGAAACUCUUCAAUUGUAAUAACAAUAUCAAGGUGAAUAAUCAACAAUUAUGAUUUUUGUCCUAAUCGUGCAGCCCUAGUGGAACAGAUCACUUCAGAACAAAAAUAUACACCGUAUUUUCCGCACUAUAAGGCGCACUUAAAAGCCUUUAAUUUUCUCAAAAAAUGACAGUGCGCCUUAUAAUCCAGAGCGCCUUAUAUAUGGAUCAAGGCAAACUCCGGGCGCGAGGGCGCUUCGGCGGCCGGCUUGCGCGAGGACGCUUCGGCGGCGCCAGGAUCAGACUGUUUCAUUUACAACAUGUUUACUGAAUUAGGGAAAAGUUCCCUUCCACGUUUGGGAGAAGAGUGAGCAAGGCUGGGAGAUAUUGUUGAUAUGCACAUCAACGUUUGAACAACGUCACCAUGGUGAACUGAGUUUUCAGAAGGCUUAAUAAAGUUUGACUUUAUCUGACAUUCCCUUAGCACAGCUCCAUCUAGUGGAUGCAUAACGCAAACCCAGUCAAACGUAUUGCAGUAUCUUUUAUUCUAUGCGCCUUAUAACCCGGUGCGCCCUAUAUAUUAAAAAAAUUCUAAAAUAGGUCAUUCAUUGAAGGUGCGCCUUAUAAUCCGGUGCGCUUUAUAGUGCGGAAAAUACGGUAUUUCCUUUUCGAAUUUUUGAGGUUUUUGCGCAGUUGACGGGUUUUUUCAUUAGGCGUACUUUUAAUUUGCAAUUUCAAUUUGUGCAAUUUGAAGGGUAAUGGAAAAGCAACUAUUGAAAGCAUCUAUUUGAUUAAAGGGCUCACGCAUUUAAGGUAUAAAAACUGUAGAUUAGCAUAAUGUUAUUUUCCGUUGCUGCGGAUGCUAAUCUAGUUAUUGUUACGUUAUAGUCUCGGUGUGAAUGGGCCUUUGUUUUGUGUUUGUCUAUAGUUAUUCUAUCUUUAAAGGUAAAGUGUGUAAAAAUUAGCUACGCCCCAAAUUCACAUCAGUGGUUGAGCUAACAUUUGCAAUUUGUAAGGAUAUCAACCUACAAAUGGCUUACUUCAUCUCUUCACAUGAAAAGAAUAGAAAAGAAAAAGUCUUAUUGAAAAAAUUACACAAAUUACCUUUAAACUAGCAAUAUUUUUUUUGUAACGUCUUGGGCAAAGGUCUUGCCAAAAAGCAUGAAGAUUAUCAUUUUGUGAAAAAAUGGAAGUUUUAUUAUAAAGAAUCAUUCCAGUUAACGGUAUGCUAGCAAAACAAAUCAUAUCACAUCCUCACUUAUUUGAGGAGUAAAAGACUCAAUAAAAAGUGACUUUGUAGACAAAAGUCUAAGAAUGUU